AGCGUCUCCUCCGCGGGAAACAAAAAUGGCGAGGGGCUGCUCCGUAGCCGGGCUGCCCGUGAGGCGGGUCUGACCCCUCCCCCGCCGCCCUGCCCUUCCUUUCCCUUCCUGCGCUGCGGGCUCCUCACUUGGGGGCUGCUCGCCGCACCGAGGGCCCGGCCGCAGCGCGGCGCCGGGGGGAGGCUCCCGAGCUCGCCAUUUCCCUGCAUGAGGCGGUUGGCACCACUGGAGAGACCGAAUGAGAGACUCUACAGCGGUGGGUAAUUCAUUGGUCCAUAAGCGGUCUCCUUUACGUCGAAGUCAGAAGGCAUCAGCAUCCUCACCCAAAGUGUCGUUACGUGAUGGACAGAAAGCCAAAAAGCCACUGUGUAAAUUUGAAGAAGGUCAGGAUGUCCUAGCUAGAUGGUCAGAUGGCUUGUUUUAUCUUGGAACUAUCAAAAAGAUAAACAAACUGAAACAGAACUGCUUCAUUAUAUUUGAAGACAGUUCCAAGUCUUGGGUUCUCUGGAAGGACAUACAAACAGGAGCCACUGAAAGUGGGGAAAUGGUCUGUACAAUAUGUCAGGAGGAGUAUUCAGAAGCACCGAAUGAAAUGGUUAUAUGUGAUAAAUGUGGGCAAGGUUAUCAUCAGCUGUGUCACACACCAAAUAUUGAUUCCAGCGUGAUAGAUUCAGAUGAUAAAUGGCUCUGUCGACAGUGCGUUUUUGCGACAACAACUAAGAGAGGUGGCGCACUUAAGAAAGGACCAAAUGCCAAAGCACUGCAAGUCAUGAAACAAACUUUACCAUAUAACGCAACAGACCUUGAGUGGGAUGCGGGUCACAAAACCAAUGUCCAGCAGUGUUACUGCUAUUGUGGAGGGCCUGGAGACUGGUAUCUAAAGAUGUUGCAGUGCUGCAAAUGUAAGCAGUGGUUCCACGAGGCUUGUGUGCAGUGCCUCCAAAAGCCAAUGCUUUUUGGUGAUAGGUUUUAUACGUUCAUUUGCUCAGUUUGCAGUUCUGGACCAGAAUACCUCAAACGUUUACCCUUAAGAUGGGUAGAUAUAGCACAUCUAUGCCUUUACAACCUAAGUGUUAUUCAUAAGAAGAAAUACUUUGAUUCGGAGCUUGAACUCAUGGCAUACAUAAAUGAAAACUGGGAUAGAUUACAUCCUGGUGAGCUGGCAGAUACACCAAAAUCUGAAAGAUAUGAGCAUGUACUGGAGGCAUUAAAUGAUUACAAGACCAUGUUUAUGUCUGGAAAAGAAAUAAAGAAAAAGAAGCAUUUGUUUGGCUUGAGAAUUCGUGUUCCUCCUGUGCCACCAAAUGCUGCUCUAAAGGCUGAGAAAGAACCAGAAGGAACUUCUCAUGAAUUCAAAAUUAAAGGCAGAAAAUCAUCUAAACCAAUCCCUGAUGUGAGGGAAUUAAGUAAUGGUAUAGAAAGAAAGGGGAAAAAAAAAUCAGUAGGUCGUCCACCUGGUCCCUAUACGAGAAAAAUGAUUCACAAAACUCCAGAGUCGUCUCCUCUGGAUGCUGAACCGGUUCCAGUGAUAGAGACCCCAGCCUUGGAAUUACCCUGCUCUGUUGGGAAAUCCGAUGGAACUGCACAUUCAUCCAAUACCUCAGAUGUGGAAUCCACAGGUGCUGCCAGUAUAAAAGAAACUACCUCAUCUAGCAUAUCCAGACAUUAUAGUAGUUUGUCUGAUUCGAGAAAAAGGACUCGUACAGGAAGAACUUGGCCUGCUGCAAUACCACAUUUGAGAAGAAGAGGUCGCUUUCCACGAAAAGCACUCCAGACUCAAAAUUCAGAAAUUGUAAAGGAUGAUGAGAGCAAGGAAGAUUACCAGUAUGAUGAACUCAAUACGGAGAUACUUAACAAUUUAGCAGAUCAGGAGUUACAGCUCAAUCAUCUAAAGAACUCUAUUACUAGUUAUUUUGGUGCAGCAGGUAGAAUAGCUUGUGGUGAAAAAUACCGUGUGUUGGCUCGUCGGGUGACACUUGAUGGAAAGGUGCAGUAUCUUGUGGAGUGGGAAGGAGCAACUGCAUCCUGACUGUAGGACUGAACAUUAUGUUCACUGCACUGUCAUCUGUAAGUACAGUUCAUAAUGCAGAGCCAUGAGAGAAGUGUGUCUUUAAAUGUUUCUAAAAACAAAACCAAUUUAGCCUUAACAUGUAACUGUUAUCAUUACAGCUCUUCUGAUAAAGACUUUUUAAAAUCUGAUCUGAAACUUAAAUUUUUUAAUCUGAACACUGUUAGAUUGUUUUAGGUUGGGAUAUUUUGGGUUACAAUUGCUUAAAAAUGUGCAUGGUGUUUAAAAAAGAAAAAGACAUUUUCUAGAGAACAUUCCAUGGAUGCAGUUAUUGUGAUUUAGAGAAAUAUUAUGUAGAUAGCACAAAUCUUUGAAAUGUUUUUGGUUUGUUUUCUUACCCAAAUGUUUGCAGAAAUGUAUUUCUAUUUCAAUACUUUCUAGAUUUCAUAAGUGCAGUGUAUAUAAUGCCUACUGAAGACUGUAAAAUACUGAAGUUUUCUUUCAAACAAAGUGUAAAAAAAAAAAAAAAAAAAAAAAAAAAAAAAAGAAAAAAUAUAUUGAGCCUGUAAAUUGCUCUGUGACCAGACUUCAUUGUCUUCUUAAUAUAUUCUGUGUGUGUGCGCAUGUGUUUGUGUAUAUGCAUAUGUAUGUAUGCACACACAUACGUGUGUGUGUAUAUAUAUGUGGGAUUGUGACCUAUGCAAUACAAGUUAUGGGAUUGGACAGCUUCUGAGUAUGCAUCCCAUAAUUCUUUUUUCAGGAAUAGUUGCCAGUAUUUACACAGCAGCAUUUCUUCUCAGGCUUAUUGGGUGCUGUUGCUUUCUGUGUACUAAGGAAAAUGUCAGACCAGUGCAGCAUGUUCUGGCAGUGGAUGCAGUCAUUGAUGUUCCUAUGCCUCGGGGUAAUAUAUUCCUUUUUUUUCCACGUGACUUAACAGUUAAAAAAAAACAAAACACAGGAUUAGAACAUUAGCAACUAGAAGUAACAAUUUUAAAGCUGUUGUGGCACAUUGAUUGUAAAUUGUGUCCCAGUUAUAAACUGAGUUGACAGGAGUUGCACAAGAUUCCUAUGUAUGUGUAGAAACGGUCAUGCUUUGAUAAAGGUAGUAUGAGCAAAGUAUUAUUGCACAGGUUCAACUAAAAAUAUGUUGCCAUUUGAAGUAAUAUUACUGGUUUUAAUACAAUAUUACCUCUUUUGUUUUUAUGAAAUGUACCAAGUUCUGAGCUGAUGUGUUCAUUUUAUUUGUUGGGGUUUUUUUAUCAGAAACAUCUCCUGCCAGUAUUACGUGCUCUUUCUUAUAACUUUUGAGGGGGGACAGCCAAAGAGUGAACAGAGGAAGCCUAGUUUUAUGUUAGUGGUUAUUCAGUGCACAGCAUAAGCUUUCUUCCCCUAAAAUUACAGUUGACCAUCAAAAUAAAAUUAAGUAAAGUAAAUGACAAAGUGGUUUAAAGUUUACUUCCUGAGUUAGUGAUUUCUUACCCCAUUACUUCACUCCUUUGACAGGAUGAUUUUCUUUAUUUUUUUAAACUUUUUUUUUGUCACCUUAUAACCAAGGGAAGCUUUUAAUCCUGUGCUUGGUUUAUGACUGACUGGGUAAUAGUAGCUUUAUAAAAAUGCUAAUUAAAAGCUGCCGCCUCUGUUUAUCUUCACUAAAACGAUUUUUCUUUCUCACACCCUCAGCUAUUAAUUUAAUGUUGCCUUGCCUAUAGCUGCAGUAUUUUGAUAACACAGCAUCUUCAUGUUAAUUUUUUGAAUGUCUGUACAUUGGGAUAAUGCAAAAUGUAAAGCCUUUGUAACCUUACUCACACCAUCUGUAUUUGUGUAUUUCACUUUAUCCAAGUCCUUUAAUUCUAACUGAACACCAGCAGUGUUUUCAGUAAAGCUUCAGCAUUUGAAGUCAAAUAUUGGAAUGUACCUGGGGUUUCAGCUGGGGGUGUGGGGAGGGGAGAAUUUGUCAAACUGUCCGUAGACUUAAUAUUGUGAAUGUCAUUGUUUCAUUUUAUUAUUAUGGUUGAAUUGACUCUGAUGUUCAGUUUGUAAUUUUGGAAUUGCUUUUUUCUUAGAAUUAAAGUCCAACUUUAAAUGUGUGGGUUUUUUUUUUCUAAAGAAGGUUGAGUUUUGAGUCUGUAUUUUUGUGCAAUACAUAGUUGUGAUUUCCUCCUGUCCAUGGUUCCUCUGCUCUGGCUUGCUUGUUGCUCUCCUAGAGAUUCUUGCCCUGCACAUAGAUGCUAACUGAUAUUCCAGCUGCACUUGAGAGAUGCUUUGUUGCAAGGUGUCGUACUGGAAAAUGCUACAGUGGUGCUGCUGAAGCUAUGACUAGAGUAAUACAAAUGGCUUUCUCUCACUUCGUGUGAAUCUUACUGUAUGUGUUAGAGUGGAAAAAUAUAAAUGUUGCUGUAUGUAGCAGUUUUCUUUUAGCUUAAUUUGAUCAUUUUAUGUAUGCAUGUGUGUAAAUAUAUGUAACUCAGCUUUGUUGCGGUCACUGAUUUAGAACCUUUCCCUUGUGUACCAAAUAUGAUAUUUUUUCCACUUAAUUGUAUUGCUGUAAUAUUUAGAUAGAACUCUGUUUUGAGGCCAUCCUAAAAAAAUGUAGGUAUUGGAUAAACAAACAGCAAAGAAAUAAUGACACAUUACUGGUCCAAAUUGAAAUAAACAUCAUAGCAAACCA